AUGACGGCAACACUGACUUCUGGUUUCAUAAGAGGGUGUCGGAUUUGCUCCGGUGCACUCUAUCUUUUGUUGACGUUAAUUUCCAUACCGAUAUCGUUCAAAGUAGGUGGGCUGUACUGCGGACUUGCAUUUACGGCAACGCUUUUCAUACUAUAUUUUGUUUCGACGACAUUGAGCAUAAUUGCUCGAAAGAAUGGGAACCGAAUCUAUAUAGUACUGAGUAGCAUUUUGUACUAUUGCCAGCACUUCAUCAUUGCUUCAUUAUUACAUUUGUUUCUAUCCGGGUUCUCCAAUGCAGAAUUGCACAAGAUUAUUGAAAACGAUGCUAUCCCAAUCGAGUCACUGACUUCCAUACUGAACGUGAGUAUGUCUUCUUCGGAGGCCAACUGGAUUUUUUACUACUACUAUUACAAAUAUGUGGUAACCCCGUGGAAGUUUGUUCUAUCGCACUCGACGCCCUUCUUUACUUUAUCCGAGGGGUUCUUUACAAUCCUUGCCAUCCAGGCCAUAGGCGAGACCAACAAAUGGUUGUGCUAUGAGAAGAACUCAAAUGCGUGGAUUAUAUCGUCGCUGCUUACAUCCAGUGCCGUUAUAUCAGCAGCACUGUAUUACCUGUACAGAAUAUACGUGACUCCAAUUUGGGAACUCACAGUGCAAACUGCUUCUCUGUUAGGGUUUGUUCUCUCGUUGGUUUCCGGGUUGGGCAUCUAUGGUAUCGUAUCUGAUAGUGGGUCGGUUAUUGAAAGCUCUUUAUUUUUCGCCUAUAUCGUCCGUUGCAUCUACGAAAUAUCGCCAAAGUUAGCAACAACGGCCACGGACGAAUUAUUGGAACUGUUCAAAGAUGUGUGGCAGAAGAGACAGGGCAAUUUGCCGAUAAGAAAUAAUCUCAUCUUCUACUACAAUAAUGUAAUCUUGAAGAACAUAGAGAUGGCGUGGGAUAACUUCAUUUUACGAACGGGUACAUCCGGAACUUUCAACUACAACCCAUCUUUGCUGCUCAACAACACGUGGAAAUUUUGCAAACCUAUCUGGAAAUUUUUCAAGAAUUUUACGUUAAGUGUACCGUUUUCAAUCAGAGAGAUCUUACUCAUGACUUGGAAGAUGUCGCUAGAGUCCGUGUCACCAGCUGUUGUGAUAAAUCUAUGUUUCAGAAUUCUAAUUUUCUAUUCAGCGACAAGGAUCGUCCCGUCGUUACAGAGAAAGGACGCGAGGGAGCAAAGGCGAAGUCGCAAAGUUAUGGAAUUGGUAUACUGGUACAGCCCCUGUAUUCUGAUCGCCAUGUACGCUCACUUAAUUCUACAGUAUUCUAGCGAGCUGAAAAACGAACUCUGUCUAUGGGGCUGUAAUAACAUACUUUUAGGCUACAAUACAGACCAGAAUGAGACAGUUGUUGUCGAUGCCUGGAGGUUCUGGAAUUGGUGCAACGUUUUCUGCACGAUACUGGUGUAUGCUAACGAAUUAAUAGGUGACACAACUCACACCGAGAUCAGUUAA